AUGCUUCGCGCCAACCUCACGGUCGUGCAGAGCUUUGCGCACUCAGCGCCCAAGUCAGCAGCACGAGAUCCUGAGAAAGGUAUAGCAGCUCGGGAAGUACAAGCGUGGACCCGCAGUCCCCAGUAUAAGUUUUCUCGAUGGCAUGCUGACCACAUGAUUACCGCUAUCGAAGAGAGUUUCUCGGAUCCAAACGUGCUGAAUCGCCAAUCUGGCCAGCCGUCGUUGUCAGCCACAGAGGGUCAACGUCUCCCCUUCGAAAGUCCCCAUAUCCCUUACGCCCUUUAUUUUGCCACGUUGAUUGUUUGGUGUGGCGAAAUGAGCAAGGAGAAUAACAACUCGGCUUCUUUAGCGACUCAAGCUGCCAUAAAAAGAGGUGAAAGACUUCUGUUGUUGCAUAAAGUCCAUAUUGCCAAACUACUGGCACGCGUCCUACUCGAUGUAAGGUAA